AUAUAAACGUGCAAAAAAGUUAGAAGAUAUCAUUGUAACUACAUCAAGUCUAACAUUAUACACAAGGUUCUUAAAAUGGUUAAUGCACCGAAUCGUGUAUUCUUGUACAUAGCUGCUUCUGCAGCCAAUAUCGCCACAUUCAUUUGCGGUACUGCCUUGGGAUGGACAUCACCAGAAAUUCCAUUACUUAAAAAUAUAACUACCAGCCCAUUAGACCACGAGCUAUCAGUUUCUGAAGAGGGAUGGAUUGGAUCCUUUCUGCCACUAGCAGCUGCGAUCGGGCCAAUUGGAGGAGGCAUUCUUGCUAAUUUAAUUGGAAGGAAGAAGACUAUCCUCAUGGGGGCGAUACCUUUUUUAGCAGCCUUUGCAUUAAAUAUUUUUGCGCAGUCCGUUUUGUUAUUCUAUUUGUCAAGAUUUAUAUGUGGUUUCGGUGUAGGUAUUAUAUUCACAGCAAUGCCUAUGUACAUAGGAGAAAUAUCAGAUAAUGAAACUAGAGGAACUUUGGGUUCCUUCUUGCAACUUUUUGCUGUUCUUGGACUGCUUUUCUCAUACGCUUUGGGACCCUUUAUCUCUAUAAAAAUGUUUAAUAUCAUUCUUGUAUGUAUUCCCUUUAUAUUUGUGGUUCUUUUCUUCUUUUUCAUACCAGAAAGUCCGUAUUAUCUUAUCCAAAGUGGAAAAAUUGAAGAAGCGAUUACAGCUCUUUCAAAAUUUAGAGGAAUGGAAAGAAAAUUUGCCGAGAAGGAAGCAGAAACAGUAAAGUUACAAGUAGAAAACGACCUAGAAAAUAAAGGUGGCUUAAGAACAAUUUUAACCUCGGUAGGACUGAGGAAAGCUUUAAUUAUUGCUUUUAGUUUGCUAGCUGCUCAACAACUAUCAGGAAUAAACAUUGUCCUCUUUUAUACACAAAAUAUUUUUACAGAUGCAGGAGUUUCCUUAGCACCUGAAAUCUGCACUAUUAUUGUUGGAAUUGUCCAGAUAGUGGCGAGCGCUGCUACUCCACUUCUGGUCGAUAGAUGCGGAAAACGUUUUCUUUUAAUGCUUUCUGGUUUAGGAAUGGCUCUAUCUCACAGCGUCCUUGCUUUCUUUUUCUACAUGAAAGAUGACUGUCAAAAAGAUAUUUCCAACUUGGCAUGGCUACCCAUUGUAGGAGUAAUCGUAUAUAUUAUAACCUACUGUUUAGGGUUCGGACCUUUACCUUGGGCAGUCCUUGGAGAAAUUUUCCCGGGCAACGUUAAAUCCGUCGCUUCUUCAGCAUCAGCCUCGUUUUGCUGGAUAUUGGGAUUCAUUGUUACUAACUAUUUCAGCGCUUUGGUCAUACUAGUGGGAACUUCCGGAACUUUUGGAUUCUUUAGUAUAUGUUGCGUUACAGCAGCUUUAUAUGUUUUUAAAUGUGUUCCUGAGACCUCAGGAAAAAGCUGUCAAGAGAUUCAAAUUAUUCUUGAGGGUAGUAAGAACGGAGAGUCUUCCUAAAUAUUUUUGACUACUUGUCGUUAUUUGUUAUUUUGUAAUCUUUUGUAGAGAAAAUGUAUAUUUGUAAAUAUUUAUACAAUUUUAAAAUAAGUUCUAAAACUAUUAUAAUUUUUAUAUUAUAUACCUACCUAUUUAUAUCUUUUAUAUUUUUAUAUUUUAAUAAAAAAUCAAAUGAACCUGAA